AUGAUCACCAUCAUCACUACUCUCGUUCUUGCUACCCUUGCAGCACCACCAUCGGAGGUGGCGUCGAAGAGCAAAUGUGAAUACUUCCUGCAGAGGAUUCCCGGAAUGAACCCGCUUGUGCUUACCGAUGCCAACGGUAAGAAAUGUCGAGGUGUGGUGGAGAUUCCCGUCUGUCGUGGAUACUGUAUUCCGCUGACCGACUGCGACGAGGGCGCAGACGACUCCAUCAAAUCCGUCUCGAUCCCCACCGGUGAAAAAUGUGGCUGCAAAAAGUUCCCUUUCAAUUGA